AUGACAGCCAUGCAGACUAAGUUGAUGCAAUGUGUGGUGUAUGAUGCAACGGUUUGGAGAGGACCUAGCAUCACCUAUGACUAUGUUGUCCCAGUGAACUGUGAAAGUACUAGGGAGAUCUUCACCUGUGAAUCCCUAACUUCACCAAAAUAUGCAAAGAAUAUUACACUGAAUUUAACUCAAAAAACAGACAUUAAAUGUGAGAGUAAAACCUUUGGUGAUGGACCUGAGGGUUUUGAAGCUGUGGUGGGCUGCACAGAGGGCAAAGUGGGAGAAAUAACAGCAGUCUGUCAGUCAGAUGGUAAAUACGGAAGGAUCCAAGACAACUGCAUCCUAGAAGUUAUAAACAACCUGCUGGAUAAAUCUAAGGUCUUGAAUGCAGUUCAUCUUCCAUGGUUCUUGGAGAAACUCAGCAAUGAGACUAUCAACCUCAGUGAUGAAGUAACUGAUUCUCCAGCCACCAUUGAUGCCAUCGUGAGGAUCCUCAGUAAUGUAGCCAAUACAUCGUCAUCCUUAAACAUUAAUAUAGAACAAGAUUCCAUGAAGAACAUCCUGGAAACUGCAGGCAUUCUUACUGCUGACAAGGCAAAGAGUUCAUGGGAAACCCUCAACAAGCACAACACCAGUAACACUAAAGAAACAAAAGGAAAUGGCAACAUGAAAAGUGCCAGCUCUUCCCUGUUGAACUCUUUUGAAAAAAUCACAACCCGUCUUGUUAAUAAAUCUUUUAACAUUGCCACACGCUAUAUUUGCUUGAACAAAACUACAUUAGUAAACACUUUUAGUGGUGACUUUAACCCCUCAGUGGAAAUAGACAUACCAGACACUGGUGGAAGAAGUCAAUUCAUAACCAUAAUGAUAUUUGCUUUGAUGCAUAAUGUACUUCCUGCAAGAGAUAAAAGCAAUUCAUCAUCCAACGUUAUCAUUGGAAAUGUUGCACUUCUUCAGCCUGAAACUGAAAUGACAAAUAUUUCUUUAACAUUUGAUAUUCUAGACAAUAUUCUGGGGAAUCCUAAAUGUGUUUUCUGGGAUUUCAACCUCUUUGAGGGUCAAGGAGGAUGGAGUGAUGAGGGGUGCAUGCUAGCAUUCAAUGAAAUUGGAACAAUCCGCUGCAACUGCAACCACACCACCUCGUUUUCUAUUCUUAUGUCAACUCACAGUCACCAUCCUAAGUUGUACUUAAUAACCUACAUUGGAGUUGGUAUUUCUAUAGCCUCCUUGGUCAUAUGUCUCAUCAUUGAAGGAAUCAUUUGGAGAAAAAUAAACAAGAACGCAACAUCAUACUUGCGUCACAUCUCAAUCGUUAACAUCGCUGUGUGUCUCUUGACUGCAAACAUUUGGUUCCUUAUUGGAGCGGCCGUUCCAGAUGCAGGCAAGAAAAGUCCACCAGCAUGCACAGCAGCUACCUUCUUUGCCCAUCUUUUCUACCUGGCCCUAUUCUUUUGGAUGUUGGCCUCAGCCCUGCUGUUGCUCUACCGCACUGUCUGGGUCUUUCAUAGAGGGCUGUCUAUAACAUCCAUGCUGGCUAUUGGAUUCUCCUUGGGAUAUGGUGCACCCCUGAUCAUUGCAACAAUAACUAUAGCUACAACUGCUCCCUCAAAUCAAUACAUCAGAGACAGUGAAUGUUGGCUCAAAUGGGAUGAGUCCAAAGCUCUGCUGGCGUUUCUGAUCCCUGCACUUAUGAUAACAGCUAUAAACUUCAUAAUCCUGAUUGUGGUGAUAUCCAAACUGUUGAGGAGAAGAGUAGGAAAGAAGGCUGCCCAAGCAGGAGAGAAAAAUGCAUUGCUGGUGAUUGCCAGGAGUUUGGUUGUGCUCACACCAUUUUUUGGACUAUCUUGGGGUUUGGGAAUUGGAACCUUGAUUGACACAAAAAGCGAUGAAAUCCAUUGGGCUUUUACAUUCUUCAAUUCACUGCAGGGUUUCUUCAUUCUGAUGUUUGGAACCCUGACGGACAAAAAGACCACCGGUGCCAAAAUAAAAUCCUCAUUCAGUCGGUGA